UCAAAUACUUAAAAUACUGAUAUACAGACUACAUCGAAUAUGAUUUGUUGAAAACGUAUAUUAAGAUUUGGCGAGAUUUCUAUAGGAACGAAAGAGGAAGUUUCUUGGAUAUUUAUUUUUUAAUUUCAACUCGUGCAUUUCUUGAUUUAGAAUGUAUAAUCUCGCUCUAUAAAACGUGCGCGGAGCAUAUAUAUUAUUUAUUACUUAAAGUAUAUACAAAGUAGAUAAAAAUGCAACUAUAAAAGCAACAGGUGCAACACCGCUGCAUCGCCGCGGUAGAUGACGCGUGAAAUUGGCCGCACGAUUGUUGAAUUCUCUCCCGCCAUUCGUACGUUCCGCUAAUUUUCGAGCCGUCUCGAGUGCCGCGUGAUAUAGUUUCGUGUGUUUUUCGCAUUUACUUUUCCGUCGUAAUGUAAUGAAACUCGCGACGCGUACGUAGAUUAAUAUCGGGAGUGUCGUAAAAAAUGUCGCGCGUUGUGAUAGUUAGUGAUCGUAAUUGACCGCGUUCCCGCGAGUAUAGAUUACGUGAGUGUUGUAAAGAAGCAGCUUGAGAAAAUAAGGGAGAGAGAGAGAGAGAGAGAGAAAGAAAGAGCAGGAGGAAACCAACGAACGAUGAAGCUAUCAUGAGGACUCGAGGCUGAGUUGUACUACGUGCGGGAAGGGGUGGUCAACACGUACGCGAUGAAUUUCGUCGUUCCUGUGCCGGCGAACAUAGCGGACCUAGAAUUUUCAUGGCAGAGUCUCGUAGAACACCCGUUAUCGUAUUCCAUGGAGCUGGAUUAUGACGUAGUGGGAGUGCUGGGUGGACCGUCCUCCGGGAUGAUGGCGUUGCUGCCACCGAGAGUGAACGUCUCCGCGAGAGGCGAGAUUCCAGUCACUCUGCAAGUCUUCAGGAUCAGAUUGCCCUGCUCGGGGAUCGUUAGCGCCGAAAUUCCUCUCGCGCUGAGGUUGAAUGUCACCGCGCCGCCCGGCACUCGGUACAAUGACACUAUCUUGGUGUUCAAGAGGAACAAGAUUUGCUUGAAAGGUGUCGAGACGCCUCCCAGCAACGAUUCGGUGCGUCUGGAGCCCGAUCCGCUCAUGAACGGUGCCGGUGCGCUUUACGUCGCAGCUACUUGUGCCUGCGCUUUAAUUCUAGUUGUCGGCAGCGUCGCCAGUGCGUUGUACAUUCGCAACAGCAAGGCUCGCGUUCAAGAAUCGCAGAAAACUCUGCCCUGCUGCAGUUACUCGGCGGCUGACACCGGCGGCCUGGCGAGAAGUUCCGUCUUGGUUAGAGUCGACCCGCGGCCCGGAAGCGCGAAUUCCGGAAGUUACGCCACCAUCGCCGACCUCGAGCCGCUGUACGCGAGGCCGUGCGGUUCCAGAGCGAGUUACUACGCGGCGAGCCAUGUGACGCAUCUGAGCCAGUCAACCGAUCCGUGUGAAAAGGCCAGAGCACUCGCGAUAUCGAGAUCGGCAUUGUAUUGUCGUACUCUCGUGCAGGAGGGUACUUUUGGUCGUGUAUACAAAGGAACUUUGGAAUUGGCUGGACGGGAACAGGAAGUCAUCAUAAAAACUGUCACAGAAGUUGCAUCCGCUUACCAGGCGUCUCUUUUGGUGGUGGAGGGUUCGCAACUGGCUGGAUUAGUUCACUCAAACAUUGCCUCUUUGGCGGCUGCUUGCCUGGACAGUUCGUGUCCCUUGUUGGCUUACACAAGCACAUGCGGUGAACUAAACCUAAAGGUCUAUCUUACCGAUGGAAAUCAUCAUCCGGUGACUAGAGAUUUGGUACACGUUGGCGCACAAGUUGCUAGAGCCGGAGCGUUUCUUCACGGCCGAGGAUUAUUACAUAGGGAUAUCGCUGCCAGAAAUUGUCUGAUCGAACCGAGCAGCCUUCGCGUGAGAUUGGCUGACGCUGCCCUGGCUCGAGAUCUCUUCCCUCAGGACUACCAUUGUCUCGGUGAUAACGAGAACCGACCUAUACGCUGGAUGGCUUUGGAGAGUCUCCAGCGCAAUGAGUACAGCACGGCAACUGACGUGUGGUCGUUCGGAGUUUUCUUAUGGGAAUUGGCGACACUAGGUCAACAACCAUAUUUAGAGGUCGAUCCAUUCGAAAUGAUGGCGUGUCUUCGAGACGGAUAUCGCCUCGCACAGCCACGACCUUGUCCUGACGAACUCUUCGCCUGCAUGGAAGCUUGUUGGCUCGGUCCAGCCAGGGAUAGACCAACUAUGCCUCAGUUGCUCGCAUACCUUCAAGACUUUCAUGACGCUUUAGGUGGAUUCAUCUAAAGUGUCUGUCCGCAUAUGACUCAUCGACAGCGUACAAUCUAUCGGUUCAGAUUUACGCUGUGCACACACGGCCGAUUAAAUAAUUCAUUUGAAUCGCAUCGGUGAUUGAGAGUCGCCAAGAUAAGUGAAGUGAAGGCUAUAGCAAUCCGAAAAGCCGUAACGUCGAAAGUACGUCCACUAAGUUUGUAAUCAAAUUGAAGGUCUGAAGAGAGAAAUAGAAUCAAAUUCAAGGAAUUGAACGUCACUGCCCAUUUACGACUGAUCCUAAUAAUAGUAUAUCAAUAUACAAGUAUUUAUACUGUUUAUCAGCUGAUCAGCAAUCAAAAUAAAAUAUUAUCGGCAUUUAAUCGGUAAGAGAACUCACAAAGGAAGACUAAUAUAAUCGGCACGGAUAUAUCCGUCCAUAGUAAUUAGAACGUGUCUCGUAUUUGGACGAUUCAUACGCAAAAUGCGUUAUUUUUCGAAAGAGUUAUCAUUAAAUGAUUAAAUGAUUUAAUGAGUUAUCAAAAAUUAUUAAAACAUCUUUUAUUUCUUCAUGAAAACAUUUUAGCCGCGUAGAACAAAUUUUAUUGGCCGUUUAAUCGAAUAGAUUAAAUGCGCGAAUUUGAGGUCGUCAAAUAUUCAAGUAUUUUUCAUUUAAUUAAAGUAUAUAUUUUAUAUCUGCUCUGUCUCGCUAUUUUAUCUUAUGAUGAAUGUAUAUCUGUUAUAUGAAUUAUAUAAAAACUUUCCACAUAUAUAAUGCAUACACAGGGCAGUUCAUAAAAUAGCUUGUCAAGAGAGAAGUUGAAAAUCCUUUCUACAAUAAUAUUCUCCCUGGUAAUUUCAUUUUAUUUGGUUAAAUUUAUUCGAAUGUAUCUUGCAAAGAUCGUUACAGUUCGCAGACGCGGUCUUUUGCUUUAAUCAUGAAAAUGCGCAGUCUCUCCGCGUACAGAAGGUACGCCUGCGGCGUGGCAAUUCUUUAUCCUUUUGAUGCAGUUGUAACGCGGGAUUCAGGCGACUGUGUGAAUGAAAAUGUCACUCCUUCAAACCGUAUUCAUUAGCGUUUGUAAAUACAUGGCCGUCUUAACGCGUACAUACCACGAAUCACUUAAUUCCCAUGGCGAAAGCCAUGCAUUCAAUUCCAAUGAGAAAGCUCGCUGAUUCUUUUUGAGCAUAUUGACUGAGGACGCGAAAAUGAAAUAACGCAAAGCAGCAUUCAAACAGAACAGAGUAAAUUUCUAGUUGCGAGAAAUGCAUUGCAAGUAUACGCUUUUAUUCGUAAAAUAUUCAUAUAUAUACAAGGUGUCCGGUAACUAACGGACCAAC